CUUGAAUGUGACAGGUUUCGCGCGUUAUGAUAAAGCUUGAGGUCACGUGGAACAAUGGCAAGUAUUUCAAAGUAAAAGCUUAUAGACUCAAGAGACAUGCAACUUGUGUAGUUGUCGACAGUCUGACGAUUAAACGGCGACUAUAAGCGAGCAAUUAAAAUAAUUUUACGAUGGUGCUGAAACGCUCACAGAGAGAAUUAUUAAAGGCAAUGGUGCAUGCAAAAAGAUGAAAUGAUGAAAGCUCCCUGCAGUUCUCUCUGAACAUAUUCUUCUUCUACAGUUCUAUUGAUAAGCGUGAAAUGCAGUUCUUCGAAGGACGGAAUUACAGGAUCAAUAAAAUCCUCCUGUCGUGUGUUGGACAAUGGCCAUAUCAAACGAACAGAAGUAGCAAUGCUAUUAUUAUCAUUAUAGUGUCUUUAGCUGGCACGCAAUUUAUCGCCAAGAUAUGUGGUUUAUUCUCCAUUGAUAACAUUGAUUUGUUCAUCGAUUCUCUUUCACCAUUGGUAGUCGAUAUAGGAUGUGGAGUAAAAUUAAUCACUUGCGUAUUAAAAGCAACAGAGAUAAAGACACUUUUCGAUCAAAUACAAUACGAUUGGCAACUAUUAAUAACAUCUUCACAAAUUAAGAUUCUUGAUAAUUACGCACAAAAUGGACGGACAUUUACGAUCAUAUACGCGAGUGCUUUUUAUUCUGCAUUGGUGUUAUUUAUGUUAGUACCAUUGCAAUCACUGUUAUUGGAUUCUUCUUCAAAUGAUACAACUCGAUUAUUAUUACAUCAAGUUGAGUAUUAUAUCGAUAUGGAAAAAUACUACUUACCAAUCUUAAUUCACGGAUACAUUACAGCUGUCAUUUGUGUAAGCAUAGCCAUCGCAGCAGAUACAAUGUAUGUAAUAGUAGUACAGCAUGUUUGCGGACUAUUUAUGAUUAUUGGGCAACAACUGGAAAAUGUAAUAAAAAAGGAUAAUCUAGAAAUAAAUUUUAAUCCAUCUAUAAAAGAGGAUAAGCCGUAUGAAAAUAUUGCAGUUUCGAAUAUGGACAAACCAGAAGAGUUUUUAAGGCAAAUAACAUUUUCAUGCGCAUUGUUAGUGCAUCUAUUUUUUGAGAGUUUUCAAGCGCAACGUCUAAUUGACCAUAGCACAUAUAUUCAUACUAGUUUAAUGAAUAUAGCAUGGUAUCAAACUUCAUCUCGAACAAGGAAAAUUUUAAUUUUUAUGCUAAUGAAAACACGAGAACCUUGUGUAUUAACAGCAGGAAAAAUGUUUGUCAUAUCCAUGGAUACUUUCUCUACGAUCGUACGUACAUCAGUGUCAUAUUUUACAAUGUUGCGAUCGACGAAAAAUUAA